CUUCAGAAGAAGAGCCAGGAGAGUGUGCUCACAAAAAAGAAAUUAUCCAAUUGCAGAUUAGCAAAACUGUAACAGGGAUUAAGACGUGACACAGAAAAGGAACACCCUAAAAGUGUGUGUAUAAGGGCAAAAGGAGAGCUUGCAAGUGCAUUCUUCCCUGUCCUCUCUCUUGUUCACCUGGACAAGCUGAACGUUUGCAGGAGCACCAUGUCUUGCUCAUCUCGUGUCUCCUCUUCCAGGGCUGGGGGCAGCGGCUCGGUCAGGGUGUCCGCUGCUGGGAGCAGCUUCAGCAGUGGAAGCAGAUGCGGUCUGGGGGGUGGCUCUACCCGGGGCUUCCGAGGAGGAACCGGCGGCUGUGGCCUGAGUCGGGGAUCAAGCAGUGGCUCCGGAGGAGGUUUUGGUAGCUCGGUACAGGGUGGCUUUGGAGGCACUUCAGGCUCUGGGGCUGGCUUUGGUGGGGGUUCUGGCUUUGGCGGGGGUUCUGGCUUUGGCGGAGGCUCUGGCUUUGGUGGGGGGUCUGGCUUUGGUGGGGGCUCUGGAAUUGGGGGGGGUGCUAGUGGAGGCUUCUACAUCUAUGGCGGUGGUCUGGGGGGUGGAAGGGGGGGUGGUGUUGGUGAUGGGGGACUUUUCUCCGGAGGUGAAAAGCAAACCAUGCAGAACCUCAAUAACCGCCUGGCCAGUUACCUAGACAAGGUCAGAGCCCUGGAGGAGGCCAACAGUGAUCUGGAGAACAAAAUCAAGGAGUGGUAUGACAAAUUUGGGCCUGGGUCUGGAGAUGGUGGAUCUGGAAAAGAUUACAACAAAUACUAUCCAGUAAUUGAAGAUCUCCGGAAUCAGAUCAUUGCUGCAACUAUUCAAAAUGCUGGGAUCGUUUUGCAGAUUGACAAUGCCAGAUUGGCUGCUGAUGACUUCAGACUGAAAUAUGAGAACGAGCUGUAUCUCUGGCAGGCCGUGGAGGCCGACAUCAAUGGCCUUCGGAAAGUUCUGGAUGACCUGACCAUGACACGCUCUGACCUGGAGAUGCAGAUUGAAAGCCUCACCGAGGAGCUGGCCUACCUGAAGAAGAACCACGAGGAGGAAAUGAAGACUAUGCAAGGAAGCUCCGGAGGGGACGUGACCGUGGAAAUGAACGCCGCCCCCGGCACCGACCUGACCAAGUUACUGAAUGACAUGAGGGCACAGUAUGAAGAGCUGGUGGAGCAAAAUCGCCGCGAGGCCGAAGAGCAGUUCAACAAGCAGAGCGCAUCACUGCAAGCACAAAUUUCUACCGAUGCCGGAGCAGCCAGUUCUGCCAAGAAUGAGAUCACAGAACUGAGACGUACUCUGCAAGCCCUGGAAAUUGAGCUUCAGUCCCAAACGGCCAUGAAAAGCUCCCUGGAAGCGACGCUGGCUGACACAGAAGCUGACUACAUGGCUCAGCUGUCAGAGAUCCAGAUGCAGAUCAGCAGCCUGGAGGAACAGAUCUGCCAGAUCCGGGGCGAGACCGAAUGCCAGAACGCAGAAUAUGAGCAGCUGCUGAACGUCAAGACCCGCCUGGAGAUGGAGAUUGAGACCUACCACCGCCUGCUGGAUGGAGAGGGAGGUUCUGGUUUUGGAGGAUCUGAUUUUAGAAACUCAGGCUCCAGAAAUACAGGAUCCAGAAACAUGGAAUCUAGGGAUUUGUCCGUGUCUGGUGACUCAAGAUCUGGAAGCUGCUCUGGCCAAGGAAGAGAGGCAAACAAGACAAGAGUGACAAAGACCAUCGUGGAGGAAGUGGUGGACGGCAAAGUCAUCUCAUCUCAGGUCAGCAAUGUUUCUGAAGUGAAAGUUAAGUAAGCCAUUUCCAGAUCAGCAAGAGUGUCUUUCAGAAAAAUAAUGAAAGGACACAAAUGAAGAAAUCACAUCAAUCUUUCUAGCCAUCUUUCUGGAUGUCUUCAGGGAAAAGAUUCCAUCCAGAAAUAGCUAACCAAAUAAUUUUUCUGCAUCUUCUUCUUUUCUUACCCACAACGCUCUUGAAAAAGUUGAAAUGACAAUUUUGCUCUGUUUCCAUGCUUCAAUAAACUUACUUUUGCAAGUUAACUAAA